UGUGUUUUCGCGCUGUGCACCACGUAGAUAGGGAAAGUGGGAAGUUUCCGCUUUUCGUUCAGCUUGUGUUUUCUCUUUUACUUGCACGAAUUCCUUUCAUCUCAUCCCGGCUUGUAAACGAGCUAUACGUGUAAAAGACGAACACCUUUGACCAACACCGCCACUUGACUCAUCGCCUUUUAUUUCUUUUCAGCAGCACUCCUCGUUCCCUGAAAUAAAAAAGAAUAGUGGCAUCAUGAGUUACGGCAAACGAGACGACGACACUGGUGAAGUCGGCCUUUUCUAUCAUCUCGACAAAACGGUGGUUCUUCAGGAAGCCCGCGCUUUCAACGACACGCCUAUCAGUGCAAGAAAAUGUCGUCUUCUUCUGACCAAAAUCAUUUAUUUGCUUUACUUGGGCGAACCGUUCGCUACAAAGGAAGCCACCGACCUUUUCUUCAACGUCAUCAAACUCUUUCAGUCAAAAGACACAUCCUUACGCCAAAUGAUGUAUCUUGUCAUCAAAGAACUUUCCAAAACAGCAGAAGACGUGAUUAUGGUGACCCAGUCACUUAUCAAAGAUAUUCAAUCCAAGCAAGAAACCAUUUAUCGUGCCAAUGCUAUUCGCGCCUUGUGCCUCAUCACUGAUCCAUCGAUGAUUCAAGGUAUCGAACGUAUCUUGAAAGCAUCCAUCGUGGAUAAAACGCCUUCUGUUUCAUCGGCAGCGCUCGUGUCAUCCUAUCAUCUCUAUGGCGUCGCCAAGGAUAUCGUUCGCAGAUGGUCAAACGAAGUACAGGAAGCGGUGCAUGCAAAGUCAAGCAGUGGAUUUGCCUCGGCCGCCUCCAGUUACAUGUCUAGCUUUGGCGGAGCGGCCGAUAAAUCGAACGUGGUGAUCUCAGCCAGCAAUAUUACGCAGUAUCACGCUUUGGGCCUCUUGUAUCAAAUUAGACAGCACGAUCGAAUGGCGGUGGCCAAAUUGGUGCAGGCAUUUGCAGGUGGUCGUAGCGGAGGUAUUCUUGGUGGUGGCGGAAGUCCUUUGAAGAAUCCUGCUGCUGUAUGCUUGUUGAUUCGCUAUGCAUGCAAAGUUAUGGAAGAUGAUCCAAGUGCUACCCGUCGUAUGUAUGAACUUUUGGAAGGAUUUUUGCGUCAUCGCAGUGAUAUGGUCAAUUUGGAAGCGGCACGCGCUAUUUGUGAAAUUCCAGACAUGUCAUCCAAAGAACUCUAUCCUGCCAUCUCAGUCUUGCAACUCUUCCUUUCAUCGCCUAAACCGACCUUGCGUUUCGCGGCUAUCCGUAUCCUGAACAAACUGGCCCAAUCCAAACCUGCGGUGGUGUCGCCCUGCAACCUGGAUAUUGAAAACUUGAUUACCGAUCAAAACCGUAGCGUGGCCACCUUUGCCAUCACCACAUUACUCAAGACCGGCAACGAGGCCUCAGUGGAUCGUUUGAUGAAACAAAUUUCGGGUUUCAUGGGUGAAAUCUCGGAUGAAUUCAAGGUGAUUGUGGUGGAUGCCAUCCGAUCGUUGUGCCUCAAAUUCCCCGCCAAGCAAGUCGUCAUGCUCACCUUUUUGAGCGGAGUGUUACGUGACGAAGGCGGUUACGACUUUAAAAAGGCCGUGGUAGAAGCCAUUUUUGACAUGAUCAAAUUCAUUCCCGAAAGCAAAGAUACAGCCUUGUCGUACCUUUGCGAGUUUAUUGAAGAUUGUGAAUUCACCAAAUUGUCGGUGCGUAUUCUUCACGUUCUCGGUGUCGAAGGUCCCAAGACAACGACCCCUACCAAGUUUAUUCGCUACAUUUACAACCGCGUGAUACUUGAAAAUUCGAUUGUGCGAGCAGCGGCCGUCAGCGCUCUCGCUAAAUUUGGUGUCAAUGUGGAAGAUCCACUCGUCAAGAAGAGUGUUCACGUCUUAUUGACAAGAUGUCUUGAUGAUACAGAUGACGAAGUGCGUGACCGCGCUACAUUGUAUCUCACUUUUAUGGAUCACACCGAUCUCGCCAAACGUUUCGUGAAGGAUGAUGCCACCUUUGCACUUCCUACAUUGGAACAUCAACUUGUUGAAUAUCUUAAUAACCCUCUCGGUAAUGACCAGGAAUUCGAUUUGCAGAAUAUUCCUGUCAUCAGCAAAGCUCAAGAAGAAGAGGAGCGACGACGUCUCCGUACACAAGAUAUUACAGCUGGGCCUACGUUGGCAACGCCCUCUACCGCACAACCUGGCACCCCUGCUACACCGUCGACACCGGGUGCCCCUGCUGCGGGUGUUUCUAGCUUGGAUCAACAGGCCAUGUAUGCCGAAAAACUGUCGGCCAUUCCCGAAUUUGCCACAUUUGGUCCCUUAUUCAAGAGUUCUAGCAAGCCUGUUGAACUCACCGAAAGCGAAACGGAAUACGUUGUGCACUGUGUCAAACACACGUACCUGAAUCACAUCGUCUUCCAAUUCAACUGUACAAAUACGCUCAACGAUCAGUUAUUGGAGAGUGUAGAAAUGCUCAUGCAACCCGAAAUUGACGAUUGUGGACUUGUCCAAGUGGCCAGUAUUGCAGCCGAGAAAUUAGAAUACAACGUGACAGGUGUCCUGUAUCUUGCUUUCCAGAAAGAACAAGCAGAUGAAUUCCCUGUGGUAUCGUUUACAAAUACACUUAAAUUCGUGGUGAAAGAUUGCGAUCCAACGACGGGCGAGCCUGACCCUGAGGGUUAUGAAGACGAAUACCAAGUGGAAGAUGUGGAAGUGCUCACAAGCGAUUACAUUCGUCCGACAUACAUCUCUAGUUUUGCUGAAGAAUGGGAACCGCUUGCUGAAAAUGAAGCAAUAGAAACAUUUGCUUUGGAUAAAGAGAAGGCUCCAAGUUUGAAGGCUGCAUGUGUUGCCAUCAUGGAUCUUCUUGGCAUGCAAGCACUGGAAGAUACAGCGUUGCCAAAGAGUAGCAAUGUACAUACCUUGCUUUUGGCAGGUAUCUUUGUAGGAGGUAGCAAAGUACUGGCGCGAUGCAGAAUGACGUUUAGCAACACAACAGGCGUUGCAUUUGAGUUGGCAGUCCGAAGCGAUGACACUGUCAUUUCGCAGAUUGUGCUGUCUGCUAUUGCUUAGAACUGAGUAAAUAAAAAGAAACCCUCACUAUAUCUUUACAUUAUCUAAAAAUGAACAAAUCGCAGUUGAUUCACCCUUGAGGAUAUUGCCACCAUUCCAACGGUAUCCAAAUGAUAAAUACUCUUUCUCACAGAUAUCACUGUCCUCGG